AUGACCUUUAUUACAUGGCUGGUUUGCCUGCUGGUUCUUGCUGGCGACGUUCAUCCGAAUCCUGGUCCAUCAUCAACUCACUCUGUUAGCUCAACGUGCUCAUCUACUUCUACCAUAUCACAGUCAUUGUCAGAUCUUAUGUCGGGAACUGGUUGUCUCUCUGUGCUGCAUUACAAUGUACAAAGUCUUUUUAACAAGGUUGAUGUUCUGGAAGCCGAGUUCAGCUCUUUUGAUGUCCUUUCUUUUUCUGAAACAUGGCUCAGCUCUAGUGACUUAAGUGACGAUAUACGAUUUAGAGGUUUUCAUGCGCCAGAAAGAAAGGACAGAAAAGGAGAUAGUCAUGGCGGAGUUAUUGUUUAUGUUAAGGAUAGCCUACAUUAUAUUCGACGACCAGAUCUCGAACCAACAGACCUCGAGUGUAUUUGGGUUGAAGUAUCCUUCACCCACUCGAAACGAGUUUUAAUUGGUACCUUUUACAGACCCCCAUAUUCAAAUUCCAUAUAUACGUUUUUGAUACUCAUUUUAUUAGAAGAUUCUCUCAGUUUAGUUCUUGACACUAACAUUUCAGACAUAGUUGUAACUGGUGAUUUCAACUUUAACCUGUCUAAUCCUAAUUCAUAUCGUAAACUUACUUCCAUCUGCCAAUAUUUUAAUCUUAACCAGCUUAUUUCUGAACCAACCCAUUUUACUGAGACAUCUUCUUCCAUCCUUGAUCUAUUUCUUGUAUCAUGCAGUCACCGUGUAAUUGCCUCGGGCGUGGAAGAGCCGGUUCUGGACCAAAAUGUACGUUUUCACUGUCCCAUCUUUGCUCUUUUUGCUUUCUCAAAACCUAAGUUGAAAUCAUUUAAGCGUCUUGUUUGGCAAUAUGAUCGUGGUGAUUACGACUCCUUGCGUAGAAACAUAUGCAACACUAAUUGGGAGAUUCUUAAAGAUGACAAUAUUGAAGCAUAUGCAACAUCAGUAACACAAACACUUUUAGAUUUAUCGAAACAAUGCAUUCCAACCAAAUUUAUAACUGUAAAAUCAAAUGACUCGCCAUGGAUAACAACACAAAUAAAACAAAAAAUUCGCAAAAGGAAUAAACUGUACCGAAAAGCUAAACACUCACAACAACCUCUACACUGGCGUAAGUUUAGACAAAUUCGAAAUGAAAUAGUAUCACUCAUUCGCAGUGCUAAACAAGAUCAUUUCAAUAAAAUAUCAGAUUCACUAAAAUCAGAUACAAACUCACAAACAAACUGGUGGAAAUUAAUCAAAGGACUGUUAUCACCUACUGAAAAACAAACAAUCCCAGCACUUAAACAUGAACAAACAAAUGAACUAGUCUUCGAUCCCCAAUCAAAAUCUAACCUAUUAAAUGAAUUCUUCUGCGUCCAAUCUUCUCUGGAUAUAGCCAACAAAGAACUACCUCAUAAUUACUAUAAGGAGCCAACAAACAAACUCUUAACAAUAUCAAUUUCCCCGCAAGAUGUUGAAGAUGCUCUCAUAAGACUAAAGACAAACAAAGCAACUGGACCCGAUGAAAUUAAUAAUCGAAUACUUCGAGAGACUGCUUCGGCCAUUAAAUAUCCAUUGUGUUCCUUGUUUAAUCAUUCUUUGCAACGUUGUAUUGUACCCCAACUUUGGAAAGACGCUCAUGUUUGCGCAAUUUUCAAAAAAGGUGACCCAGCUUUGCCAAACAAUUAUCGCCCAAUAUCUCUUCUUUGUUGUGUUGAAAAGGUCUUUGAGAAAAUAAUAUUCAAGUAUCUGUUCAACUUCUUAAAUGCAAACAACUUUAUUUCACAUCUGCAAUCUGGGUUUAAACCAGGCGAUUCCACCUGUCAACCAAUUAACGUACCUAUAUAA